CUAAGUCGACUAAAGCGCUAUGCCUAUGUGAAGAUGCCAUCGGGAGUAAAGUUAAAGCCGAUCGCCUGAAAGAUCGCGAGGUAUUUGUGUGUGAAUUUUCGAAAUUACAAUUCGAAACGCUGAAAGAGAGCGCUCGUUGAACCACGUUCCGCUCAGGUAAGCUUGUGAAUAUUAGAAUAUAUUAAUAAACAGAAUAUAAAUGUAAUCUCAAACGCUCUGUGAGAGUGUUUGGAAAUUGCGCGCCGGAGAUUUCGAAAAUUUAAUAGUAAAUGUAUAGAAAGCAUCAAAAUUGCGCUGCCGAUAUCUCCGCCGCACGAUACAAACUUUCCACACUGAUAAAUGAUAACAACACAAAGCUUCGGAUUGAGAGAUAGAGUACGUUACUGAAUUACUGAAAUAUACAAGCAAACCGUAACUGAAAAAUACAAGCAAAACCUCGAAAUUUGGCUUGUAUAUUUAGGUGGUUGAAUCUCUGUUAAUCCCGCGAAGCGUUCUUUCAGUGUAUAAAUGUGUCUGUUUGCGUUAUACAUCGUUCUGUCCAUUGAUUUUAUGCAUUGAUUGCAAUUGUGUUUAUAUAUGUUACACAUGUGCGGUAUAAUAUUAAAUUACAUAUUAAUUAAUGUAGGGAGGAAGGCAAGUCUUAGUAUAUAGUAAUUAAGAAUCUAGAUUUGGUAUGAUUUGGUAUGUCGUUUAAACAUUUUACUGUUAUUACGUGUUUUUGUAACUUUUUGUCUAAAAUAUGGCCUUAUUAAGGUCAAAUUUUAGAACAGAAUUCGAUGCUCAGAAUGCAGGAAAUGGCGUUUCCGGGGUUCAAUUUUAAAAAUUUUCCAGGGGGCAUGCCCCCGGACCCCCUAGACUAGGUGGUGCCUCCUAAUUUUAGAAUGAUGCUACAGUAAGAUUCGGAUACGCAGUUAACUAGUUAUUAUUAAUAAGAUCUGGUAUAUCAGGGGCGGAUCCAGCUCCUGAGGUGACUGAUGCAUACAUAAGGCCUCACAUUUGUAGCGGGGUUCCGGGGGUAUCCUCCCCCGGGAAAUUUUGAAUUCUAGGACCUCGGAAAUGCGAUUUCCUGCGUUCUGAGCGAACUCUUUUGUCCCAAUUCAUAUAUCAGAGUCACAAAAAUGUUGCUGUAUUUUUGGAAAAACACGUAAAAAACUUGAACCUAUAUCGCAAAAACAACAUAAUUUCUCCAUAUCAGAAAAAAAUAUUUGCUUGUACAAGUGUAAUAGCAGCUGUGGCAAUAUGUCUCUAAUAAAAAAUAGUCAGUACAGUGUUUCUUGUAGCCAUAACUUUUCUAUUGAAAAACAUUUCGGCAGAAAAUCACGACAACGCAAAUACACACAUACUGUGCAACAAAAGUGUAUACAGUGUGCUCCACUAGUUGCAUUGCUGGACUCAGAAGACAGUGUUAUUAUGUUGUUUAUGAACCACCUUCCCCUAUUAAUUUCCAAUAAUUUCCAAUGUUCCAUGAGCAAAAUCUUCUAGCAUUAGAAUUUAAAAUAAAAUAAAAUAAAAUAUGGUGCAUAAAGGUAUUUUGUGCUUUAGUGGGUAAAUAUAUGCAACUCUGUCGUAUGCUGCUAAUCUUACUCAUGCAUGGACAGUGUGGUUGGCAUCAGUUGGUCAAUUUCAUUCGCCCCUAGCUGCAUUUGAUACGAACUGCAUGGUGAAUAGCCCACACUCUGAAUACUGAGAAUAUUGCCUUGUGGCCAGGAAACCAGUAAACUAACACACAACAAACACUGGGUUUAAAAUUAUAUAAAUAUAUAACUAGAUACACACACAACCACACGUUUUAAAUCAAUAGAAAAUUGUGUGUAAAUUAAUUUAAUGAAGCUAUCUUAGUUGGAAAUUGUUUGUUAAAUAAACCAAUACUAAACUGUACAAUGAUAAACAUGACAUAAUUUAAUCAUAUGUCUUCUAUCUGUCCCCUUUUGCCUGCCCUUCAACUAAUAUUAAUAUAAUACUCCUUUAAGAUGUUGUCAAUAUAGAAUGGCUGCACAAUAGUAUUGCUGAAUAUUUAAUUUUUCCUAUGUUAUUAUAUAAAUGCACAUCUUGUCAAAUAUAUCCUUACACUUAUCAAUGGUAAUCGUAUACUCCUCAGGGUGGCAUGCUGGCUAUCCAAAACAUAAUACUGGGAUAAUUAGCACUACAAAUAUAUAAUUUAAUUAAAUAUGUUUUCCAAACUAUCCCACUUUUCUGAGCAAAUUUCAUAAUUAUAACCUGUAUUCACCAGUUACAGUAUAUACAGUAUUUAUACCGUCCAUCAUUUUAUCAUUCUCGGAUUAAAACCUGUCAGGAAAAUGUCAUAUGAUAUAUACAGCUUAUAUCAAAUUGUAUUUGCACAGACAAAGCACAUAAACACUCAACUAUGGUAGGCGAGCAUUGAGCAAGCCCAGGUAAUCAUCUUUGUUUGCAAAAUAUCCAGAUAGUGUACAGUAAUUGCCCAAUAACUCAGGCAAUGCAAAGCAAGACCCCUGUCCUGAGGCAUGCCAGGUCAUUUCCAUAUAAAAUGAAAAUGAAAUGAAAUAGGAGAUACCACUGGAAGUUGCAACUUGAAGCAUUUACCUUUCAUGUAAACUCCCCCUUAGUCUUCUAACCAAUGUUGCAUCACUAUUAGAAAUCUCAUUAACCUGUAAUUAUGCUCUGUAAUUACAUAUACACUGAUGCAAGUCUUGAUCCAUUCAGAGUUACUUUCCACCCACACUAUAGUUUUAUUUUUGGUAUCCAAUCAAAAUGUGCCAGAAGAAAUGUCAAUUUCAGACAGUGGCGGAAACUUUGCGAAAUUUUGGGGGCAUGCCCGCCCCAGAAAAUUUUUUUAAAUUUGGAUUCUUGGCAUUUUCAGCAUUCUGAGAGCACAUUUUGUGAGAAAUUCCAGGUUUCCAAAACAUUAAGUUAAUGGUGCAUUUUGGUAUAAAUCAUGUGCUAAGCAUAAAAAACCGACGUUCAGAGAAUAUUUUCUAGAUGAUUUCAAAAUUACAUUUGUGAAUGGAACUGCAAGGUGGUUUAAUUAAUAACCAAUGACAAUGUAAAAUUUAUUCGCUAAGUGCGUCACCUUGGAAACGUUAAAUCAAAUGCGCUGUAUCAAAAUUUGAGCAGUCUAUACGCAGUUCUGUUGUUGAUUAUUGAACAGUCCUAUUACCUUAUAUGGUGAUAAUAAGAUUGUUAUUGCACAAACGACACCAUAGCAAUGUCAAUCGACCUGCUUAGAAGCGUUAUCACGCAACUGUUGCAAUGUAACAGUUACUUCACUAAAACAAAGAAGUGAAAGAACACCUGAAAAUUUCUACCUAUAUAGAUACUGUAUAGUCCGUAGUAAAUUUGAUACAAUUAAUUGCUAUUGUUUUAUGAACACUCUGAAGAUACUCUAUAUUAUAUAUGCAUGUAUAUCAAAAAUUUAGAGCAUAUAUACUGACGUAACUGGACACGAUUAAGGUUACAUCAUAUGAUAGAUUCCUGUUUCAGAAAAAUUGCCACAGCAUACUCAAUUUUUUAGUUACGUUUCUCAAAUUUGGUACAUGCAAUGAUAACUAACUGUAGAAGCUACUCGGAUUUUUUACUUUUUUUCAGAAUUCAUAAUGCUCAUUAUGUGACUUGCGAGAUUAUAAAUUUAGAAUACUUUAGCUUGUUUUAGCUUGUUUUUAUUAAGACUUGCCAUUUCGUUGCUGUUGUUAUUGUAACAAAUAGUGCUUCCUUAUAUUGUGCUUUCGUUUUUCAAAAUGAAAUCUAGCUAAAAUAUAAUUCAAGUAAUUUUUUUUUUUUUUUUGGGGGGGGGCGAUUCCCUAGUUUCCGCCACUGAUUUCACAUAAUAACAACAAGCUAAAUAUAGUCACAAUCACUAAAUAUAUCAUUAUAUAAUUAUAGCAUUAACCAAUUAUCAAAACAAUACAUUAAAUAUGGCAUGAAUACUCAUGCAAGAAAUAGCCAAUCGGAGUUGCAACCAUAAAGGCAGUUGUAGGACACAAACAUUUAGUAACAUGUGUAUCAGGUCUUCAUUUUUCUUUGCCCGCCAGCUGUGAGAAAAAUGAAGGUUACACAGGAUACAAUCCCAUGUAAACCGAGAUGAAAUUUGCCUCAGUAAAGCAAGCUGUCAUGUUUUGUAUUGGGGCUGGUUUGCCUCCAGACAAGCAAACGCAAACCUCUGUAAAAUGUCAAACUCUACCCCCCCCCCCCCAACCACUUACAUCUUUCUGGUCUUUCUAGAAUAUAGAGCAACAACAGUAAUAUACACACACUGUAAUUAUUUUGUUAUUACAUACAAAUCUACAUUAAUUGUGGAGUGUGGACUCCAUUUUCCAAUUUAUACACUUCUUGAACUGAACAAUUUACUGCAAUGUAAAAAUAUAGAGAAAUUUAACCUACUUAAUUAGAGCCCUCGGUUCGAUCAGGCUUCACAUCGUGGGCAUAAGAUCCCUUCCAUUAAGGGAUCUUAUGGUUCGACUGUAAAUUAUUUGUUCUCCGUCAAUUUCGAGGGAUUUCUCUUCGCAAAGGAUCGGAUUAAUCCGGAAUUUAUUUGUCUCAUAUGCAUAUCCUUGCCGCCAUGACUUGAAUGGAAUGCCUCGUUACGUCACAGUAGAUUUGAGUUUGCAAUUUGCAUGCAUCAGUGCACUGAUGCGAGCGCCCGCAAUCUGCAUGCGAUGCAUCGCUCAGCGGCCAAAUCUAACGUGACAUAGGGCUCUAAAACAAUAGAUUUGAUGAUGUCACGUUAGAUUUCAUGCGAAAAAGGACUCGGGACGGAUGCAUUCACUGAUGCAAAAUGGAUGCCAAUGAUGCCAAUCGAAUCUGCGAUCAGAAUUCAGUAAUAAUUAUAUUUAUUUUGAAUUUUUCAAAAUAUCCGGGUUUUACUCGCACGCACGCUCCACGUUUAUAGCUCGAUCGAUGCACGUGCAAAUCAUGCCGACCUACAGAAUAGAUUUCCGGUUUUUCCUAAACAGCGCGCUGUUUUGAUGUGCGUUCCAUGGGCUGCGUUAAAGUAUAAAUAUUCUGUACAUACCGAAAUAAAUGAUGAAAAUCUCAAGACACAAGCUUGAAAAUAACACUGUACAUAGUGUUUUCCAUUCUGGUUCCAAUAAUAUUACCACCAAAAAAAAGUGUCCAAAGGGGCCGAAGUUAUGUUCGGCAAAAUAUAUGGCUAGUUCACAUUGUUUGUUAUAUUUUGAAAUAUGAUACCAUACUUGUAUUAAAAUUCGCGUCGUUUUUGAACGCACGCUUUAUCUUUACUAUAGCUACCACAAAGCUUUUCGCGCGGAUUAUAUUUCGCGCAGUACUAAAAUUUCCGCGCCCAGCAGCCAGCGCUACGCGAAUUCUCUUAAUUCUAGUACUGCGCGGAUUUUAAUACAUGUAUCUAAAGGUAUAUUGUUGACAUUUGACUAAAACUAUCGUAAGGAAUUAGGAAAGUUUGUCCUUGUUUAUAUUCCAAUAUAUUGUAUAAAUUCGCUGGGUACAAAUUUAUGAAAUUUUGGGGUGUUCGAGUCGUCAAACCUUUAACAUGUCCUUGUUUAAAUAUCCUUCUAUAUAUUGUAUAAAUUCGCUGGGUCCAAAUUUUGUGGUUUUCGAGUCAUUACACAAAGAAAAACACAUUAAUUCAACACGCAAAAAGUCCAGAGUACGACACAACGUAAAAUCCAUAGGAAACGGCACAAUUCUUUGAAAAUUCAACGAAACUGCGUAAAAUAUAGUUUGAUCACUCUGUAAAAAGCCGCCAUUGGAGUUCGGAAUUGUGCGCGUGCGUACAAGUGUAUGGGUAAUAAACGAAAAAUGUACCACAAGCAUGGCAUGAGUCGGCUAUUACGUCAAUAAAUACGAGCUUAUUACUAUACUAUUUAAAUCAUGGAACCGAGAGAUUCGAAGGCAUUUUGGCUUACACGUUGCAGCCUAAGCCUGCGAUGAGCUAACGCCUACUCAAUUUCUCGACUACAAAAAAAACCCCAGGAAAAAAAAAACAGAAAAAGAGGGAUUUAAGACACUUGGCCUACAGGCCAGUGUAAAAAGUUUUAAAUUAAACGUCUCAGCUUUUAAAUUAAACGCACUUCUCAUUUUUUUUACGCGUGAAAGUGACAUCACAGAUUACGAGCUCUUGGACUCCUCUACCUCUCUGCAAACACCUUUUCUCAAGACGUACUGAAAAUCUGAAAACAAUUUUUCUUACAAUGGGGGGAAAUUGUGAAAUUCCUUACCCCAGAUUUGUGGGAUUCGGAUUCGUUGCUGAUAUUUAAAAAUCAGUGGAAUUAGCGCCCACAAGUUCUUGUAAUAAAUUGUAAAUAUAGUUAUUAUAACCAUACUAAUAGGUUGAUUUUCGUAAAUAUUUAUAUAUUCACACAAUGGACACACCCCUCCUGGAAAUCAGAGAGAGUUGACGAGGCUAGCGUGUUGUUUUUAAAUAAAAUUUUACUUACCUACCUACCUACCUACCAGCCAACCAACCUGCCAAGAACAACGUCGCCUGAAAAUGGACCGUCAAAGAACAUAGAGAAAUUACUGCCAAUUAGCAAUUUAAAACAAGCUCUUGCUGGACGUAAUGAUCCGAGAAAAGAGACGGAAAUCGUUGCUGACGCAAGCUCGAUAGGAUUUGGAGGUUCACUAAUGCAAGAUAGAACAAAAAGUUAUCUGCUACGCAAGCCGCAAGUCGAAUCAACAUAUUCCCAAACUGACAGAGAAAUGUUAGCCGUAGUAUCUGGCGCCGCUGAACAUUUUCACUUUACGUUUACGGUACAAAAUUUCACAUCAUCACCGACCACAAGCCUUUUGAAGAGCAAUAAGCAUACGUCAACCCAAAUAGAUCGACGAAAAUUGAUAGUAAUGCCUAAUGAUUGUGAGCUGCAUUAUCGUCCUGGAAGAAAUGAAGAAAAUCCACUAGAUUUUACCAUUCGACAACCGAACGUGUCAGACUCGCAAAUACCCGAUCUAGAAGAAGAAGAUAUCAACUAUGCAUGGUUCAAUGCAGUACCAAAAGAAAGUGGUCAUAUGUUGACUAUGGAAGCUCAAAAUUACGCAAAGCUCAAGGAGGAACUAGCAGUUAAUCAUAAAAAAACAAUCCUGAUCGGAAAUUGUCUCGUAAUAGCCAGUAGGACAGCCAGCCCGACGAUUUAAUCUAGCUAUGCAAAUAUUUUCGUGUUCAUUGACCGUGAAAACAACCAAUUUCUAAUUUUAAAUUGUCAGACAGGCUACGCCACUGAUGAUGCCACCUAUGCUGAAAAACAAAACCGCACACACUGGGCACCAAGGCUUCGUGAAAACCAAGAUACUAUUAUGAGACAAAUUCUGGUUCCCUGGCCCAGUCAAACUCACUGA